AUGGCUCUGGUGAUGGAGAGACAGCGCCCAGUGGACAGCCUCGCACGAAAAGACCGAUCGACCAGCUCACGAAAAAACUCAUCCGUCACCCUCGCCGCCUACCCCAACCAGGCCAUCUACAAGACCUGCACCCUCGACUCCAUGCUCCCCAGCCGCACCGGGCCCAGCCGGGUGAUCGCCGUCGUCGGAAACAUCCGCCGCGGCAUCGGACGCAUGGUCCUCGAGGAACUCGUCGCCCAGAAGUUCAUCGUCGUCGCCCUCGUCGACAAGCCCGACGGCGAGUUCAGCCGCGCCGUCGAGACCCUCGCCAGCAGCCCCAGCCUGUUCCACGCCUUCGCCGUCGAGGGCGGCCUGUUCAGCCAGGCCAUGGUCCACCCCCCGCCCCCCGACCAGCUCGCCAAGCCCUGCCUCACCGAGCCCCUCCCGACCACCACCAGCAGAGCCUCGCGCAGCUUCCGCUCCUUCCGCCUCCAGCCCGGACCCACCAAGAAAUCCAACAACAACAACAACAACACCACCACCACCACCCAGCUCAGCUCGAGCACGACCGACUACAGUCUGGCCUCCACCACCCAGCUCUCCUCCCGCGCCUCCCUCCUGCCCACCGCCACCACCCCCUUCGAAGCAGCCCGGGCACGGACGAUCGCCGAGCUCAAGAACAUCUUCCAGGCCUACCGGGUCGACACCGUCAUCUGCAGCUUCGAGCCUCAGACGCUCGACCAGCCCGCCGGCCCCCGGGCGAAAGCACGCAAGGAGGACGAGCACCAGUUCGGCCUGCCGCCCGGGGCCGAGCGCACGCGGAUCGAGCGCAUGGAGCGCACCGUCCUGGAGGCCUGUCGGGCCGCCGCCGUCGUCGCCCGCUUUGCCGUCGCCGUCCACCCCUCCACCCUCGCCCCCAACCCGCUCACCCCCCCGCCCUCCCCCGUCAUCCCGCCCCACCUCGCCCCCACCCUCGCCGAGCACGCCCACAUCUCGCUCUGCGAGUUCCGCUGGGGAUUCACCAUGAACGAGCUCGCCUUCGACCCCGCCCUCGUCGACCCCGUCUCCGCCGAAACCGCACUCGGCAAAUGGCUCCCCGAGCCCCCCCGCGCCCGCGCCGUCGUCGACUUCGAGGCCCGUCGCUGUCUCGUGCCCGCCAGGACCGUCGCGGGCCGCCGAGGAGCAGAGUCGGGAAAGACCCAGGGCAAGUGCAAGGUCGAAGCCGUGUGCAUGACGCUGGCCGAGGACGUCGCCCGGUUCGUCGGCCUGGCGUGCAGACUCAGGGAGCCCUGGGACUGGCCCGCGGGCAAGAUGGUCGGCGAGUGCGUCGGCGGCGGGUGGGAGGAGAUGGUCGAGACGAUCGAGAAGGUCUCCCGCAAAAAGCUCGAGCGCCAGUUCGUUUGUGUGGGGAGCAUGAGCUCGGGAUACGCCAGCGACUCGGGCUCGUCGGCCUCGUCGCUCGACCACCCGCAGCACCCCCAGUCGCCGCCGCCUCCGAAGAUGAUGAUGGCGCCGGGCGGCGGGGAAGAAGUGUUCCGGUUCUCGGACGCGUUGCGCGGCCGGCUGGCGGCCGAGAAGCUGGACGCCUCGGCCGUCCGUCUGCGCGAGUUCGUCCGCGUCUGGUUUGCCCCGCUCGCCCGCCCGCCCGCGCUCGUCGUCGACGGCGCCCGCAUCGCCCGCAAACGUGCCCCCGUCGGCCCCGCUCACUCCCCCGCCGCCGUCGUGGCCAGGAGACCGGGCGAGGCCUCGGCUCAGUUCCUCGCCGUGCCCCCGCUCGCUACGAACGGCCCACCGCCCUCACCCGUCCGCACCGGCCCCCCGCUCCUCCCCGCCCUCGCCCCCUCCUGCACGUCCGCGCUCGACUUCAACUUCGUCCCCACCGUCGCGCCCUUCAGCCCCGCCCUCCCUCCGCCCUCGUCCGCCCCGCCCGGGGCACCGGCGCCCUUCAUGCACGCCUAUCGGCCCCCGAUCCCCGUCGGCCCCUCCCGCGCACCCGUCGUCUUCCUCCCCGACCCCCCCAUCCAGUCCGGGCUCCCGUUCCCGGGCCAGCCCCGCCAGCAGCUCCUGGCCCCCAAUGGGCCCCCGCCCGCCCCGCUCCCCCCCGCCAACACCGCCCAUCGCGCCCUCCCCCGCUCGCCCCUCGCCGCGAGAGUCGCGUAA